AUGCUGCGUCGCUUAUGGCAAAAACCUCUAUGGAGAUCAGACAAAUGCUACCGACGAUUCAUUUGGACGCUGAGACGACAGACACCCUAUUACCCGUAUGGUACCUUGAUACGCUCGUUAAUAUUUGGCAAGCAACCUAGCCGCCGCCAUACAAGGUACAUGCCUCAUUUCAGCUCCGAAGACCUCUCAAUACUCUCUAAUUAUUGCAACGACAUUAAAGAAUUAGCCUUUGAGUUUACCCGAAAAGAUGUUUUUCUUCAAAGAGACUCGAUAAAGACUUUUUUGAAGAAAUGUACAAAUUUGACAAGGCUGGAAUUCACCAUAGGUGAAUCGUUGGUAGAUUCAUCAUGGAUGCAGGGAAUGCUGCAACCAGUAAGAGAGGGAAAGUUAUCUAACUUGCGAUAUCUCGCGUUCUAUAGUAUAUUGUUUAAUGAACCUAUGUAUUCUUCCAUCAUUACGGAUUUGGCACAAGGAUGUCCAAAAAUUAUAUCGUUUGAGACGCAAUGGAAAAUCCAAGCCGACACUUUGAAGAUGAUAAUGAACUCUUUCCCCAAUUUACAGUCAAUAAGUUGUGGGAUAUUGGAGCGAGGAGGUUUGGAGAUAUUGGUUAACAAAGGUGGACGUUUGAGAAAAUUAGAACUAGGCCAUGUACAUGAUGAAAUAACGCAGGACAUGGCGGGAAGAUUUCCAAUAUUGAAAGAAUUAACUAUUCAUAAAGCUCCAAAAGAAUUUGCCAUGUUUGCUGAAAAUUGGACAAUACAACAGACGAUGAUGACAUUUAUAGAUUUAGAUUGUAGAAAUUUUAAACUUGACGAACUUUGCACGAUCAUGCGCAAUUGUACGAAACUAGAGUCAAUUACACUUAGAGGAUGCAAUGGUUUGAAAGCGGGAAUGUUAGCAUCAGUAGCAAUGGAAUGUAGUGACAGAUUGAAAUAUCUAACUAUAUUCAAUUAUUUCUAUCUGAGCGAUAAUGAACUUGUUGAAUUAUCAGACAGAUGUCGAAAUCUGAAGCGGUUUGCUGUCUGGGGUACAGCGAAAUUUACACAAGAGGGAUAUCGAUAUCUAGUAAAAAACAGCGUUAAUCUAGUAACAUUCUGUGGUAAUUUUAAAGAGCUCACAACAAGGCAUAUUCUUUCCAGUAUUAUUGAGAGAGGACAAUCCAACAUACAAGUAUUUAAGACCGGAUCUAGAUUUCGCUUAUACGGAAGAGGGAAACUUCACGAGGUCGUUUAUGUUCCGGAACCAAGCAUGGUCAACGACGAUCACAAACUGACUGCCAGUAUUCUUGUGGAUUUUGCGCGUGCUGCACCAUGUCUAAGAAAAUUAAGAUUGGAUUAUUUCUUAAAAGACCUUGAUGGAAAGGACGUGGUGAGCGCAAUACAUCAGUUAAAAAACCUUGAAAAGUUGGCCUUUUCCCCAUCUUUCAGUAUCUCGCAAGAGAAUCUCAGCGAUUUGGAUUCUCAUCCUCGUUUAAAAAAAAAUUUGCCCACGAGAUAUCUUGUAUCUGCACCCGGAAAGGUAAUCCUUUUCGGUGAACAUGCGGUAGUCUAUGGCACGCCGGCAAUUGCUGGAAGUGUUAAUUUGCGGACCUAUUUGUUUACCGAAAAGAGAGAAGAUGGAAUCCUCGAAGCGUACGUUCCAGACAUUGGAUUAGAUCAACCCGUGAAAUGGAAUACUGAAUUAUUUCCAUAUUCAAAAGUUGUCAACGAUAAGAAAGAGGAAUUUAACGAAGAGCUUGCUGAAUCACUCCGAUCGCUUGCCGAAAUUGAAAGCGACAAACCAGCUAUAGUACGCCAACAACAAAGUGCAGCUUGCUUAGCCCUUCUUUAUCUCUUCACCCUCCUCUCAAACAGAUUCCCGGAAACUAAACGUGGAUUGACGAUCCAUGUGCGUUCGGCACUUCCUGUUGGUGCUGGCUUGGGCUCAUCCGCUUCAUACUCAGUCUGCUUGACAACAGGACUGUUGCUCAACUUUGAAUACAUCUCUCUUACAUCUGGCAGUCAAGGAGCAGAGCUGAUUAACAAAUACUCCUUUCUGGCAGAAAAGAUUAUUCAUGGCAACCCGUCCGGGAUCGAUAAUGCAGUUGCGACAUUCGGUGGUGCUGUAUUGUAUAAGAAAGGAUCAAUGGAACCCCUGAAAGGGUUACGCCCAUUUCGUUUUCUCCUUACCAACACCAAAGUUGCUCGCGAUACGAAAACGCAGGUUGCCAAUGUUAGGAUAAAAUUUGAUAAAUAUCCUGGGAUUAUCAAAUCCAUACUGGAUGCAAUUCAGAAUAUCAGCGACCAUUUUAAAACAGUUCUUAUCAAUGAAGAUAACAACAUUACACAGGAUACAAUGCUUGAGGACCUGAUCGAUCUAAACCAUUAUUUAGUCAAUUCACUGGGUGUGGGUCACUCCACACUAGACAGAGUACGCGAGAUUACAGCACAAUUUGGAUUACAUUCGAAGCUAACUGGAGCUGGUGGUGGUGGCUGUGCAUUGACUUUUAUCCGAGACGGCGUUCCACGCGCUACGAUAGAGGCGGUUAAGAAGUCGCUCUCUUUACAGGGAUUUGAAUGCUUUGAAACUUUGGUGGGUGGACAUGGUGCUGGCGCCUUGAAUACAAAUGAUACCAUGACUGCGCAAGAGUUUAUGGAAGUCGGGUUGGAAUGGUACGAUGGAAUUGACAGUUGGCGUUACUUUGCUUAA